AUGGAAAGUCAAGUUUUAAAGAUAACCAAAAAAGCCAAUGCUACUCUUGGUUUCAUAAUUCGAGUCUCUAGAGAUGGGUUUUCUCCUUGGGCUUUGAGGAAAUUGUAUGUGCACCUGAUGCGGCCAUUGUUGGAAUAUUGUUCUCCCGUGUGGUCCCCUUACUCCUCUGGACUCAUCAGCCUUAUUGAAAGUGUACAAGUACGUUUCUUGCGUCUUAUUGGACUGCGUCCAGGCUAUGCGUAUUGGGAAGUGCCCAUCGAGGAACUCCGACAGCAGCUUCUUCUUCCUACCUUGAGGUCCAGACGGCUGGUUGCUGACAUCGUCUUCCUUCGUGGAGUUCUUACUGCGGAGAUCGAUUCAACAGAGUUAUUGAGUAGAGUCAUCCUUCGUUGUUCUCGCCCCGUCACGCUCGAGGGACUUGUUCGAGAGGUGGCAUCGCUCGACGCAGUACGCCUUCAACAGUACACUGCCAAGAUUACACCGUUUGGGGAACAGUCUCCCACGUGGUUUGGAUGUUUUUAG